AUGGAGCAGACAAUCAUGGCAAGUCAUACUGUGAAGCCCUCAUCUCCAACCCCACUUGCUUCCAAAACCCACAAACUCUCAUUUCUUGAUCAAAUGGCACCAUCACUUCAUAUUCUCCUUAUUUUUCUCUACGAAAGGGAUCAAUCCAAACAGCAGGAAGAAAUCUCUGAACGUUUGAAACAAUCUCUGUCGGAGAUCUUAACCAUCUUCUACCCCUUAGCAGGCGCAAUUCGACAAAAUUCAUACGUCGACUGCAACGACUCCGGCGCCGAGUUCGUCGAAGCCCGAGUUCACGGCCGCCUCGCCGAAUUCCUACAAAACCCUAAAUUUGAGGAUGCAUUAAAAAAAUUAGUCGUCAUGGUGGAGAACGACGGCGACGACGACCUAAUUCUGUCUGUGAAAACCAGCUUCUUCGACUGCGGAGGAAUCGCCGUGGGCGUGCGCCUGUCGCAUAAGCUCGCCGACGGCUGGUCCGCUUUGGCGUUCGUCGAUGCAUGGGCGGCCCGGUGCCGCGGGGAAGGUUCUAGAAUCAUCCAUCCCUCCUUCGACGUGGCACUUCGUUUCCCGCCAAUGAACUCGUCUUGGCGGUCACCGAUGAGUCUAGCCGUCACGAAUGAGAGAUUCGUGACGAGGAGGUUGGUCUUCGAGAAGGAGAAGGUGGCGAAGGUUCGGGGAUUGGAAGCUUCUAGAAGCGAGGUGAAGGAUCCGAGCAGGGUGGAAGCCGUCUCGGCCUUCCUGUGGCGGAGCUUCAUCGGGGCCCACAGACGAGCCGGGGUGGAGACGGCGUCGUUCCUCACGACUCAUGUGGUGAACCUGCGCCCUAGGGCGGCGCCCCCACUGCCGGAUCACGCCUUCGGGAACUGCAUCACGACGGCUGCUGCGGCGGUGUCCGGAGAUGGAGAUGGGGAUCUUGUGUCGAGGCUGAGGGCGGCGAUACGAGGAGUGGACGAGGAUUACAUCGAUCGAGUAGUUGAGAAUGUGAGAUCGGUGGAUGAAGGCGAUAAUAGCAGCUUGGUGAAGCCGGGGCACUGCGGCUUCACGAGCUGGUUGAGGUUUCCGGUGUACGAGGUGGAUUUCGGAUGGGGGAAGCCGGCGAGGGUUUGCACGGUGGGGAUGCCCUUCAUGAAUCUGGUGUUUCUCAUGGAUACUCCGUCGGGAGAUGGCAUCGAAGCGUGGAUUAAUGUUCCCGACGAUCACUUCUUCCGAUUCAUCCAAUCCGAUUACGACGAGCUUCUUGCUUGA